AUGAGUAGCAACGAAAAGACAUCGCCCCAUGUACGAUGGGGGAUUCUUGGCACGGGAUGGAUCUCUACAAUGUUUACCCAGGACAUAUUAGCGCCUAGGUCGGAUGCCCCGGCGAAGCAUACGAUUGUUGCUCUGGGUUCCUCCUCCAUUGAUAAAGGGAACGCAUUCGUCGACAAGGUAUGGGAAAAGACGCCUGAUCAGCAUCGACCGCAAGUGUAUGCCGACUACCAAGGCGUAUACAAUGAUCCUAACGUCGACGUCGUCUAUGUUGGGACGCCACACUCUGUUCACAAGAAGAAUUGUCUGGACGCCAUUGCGGCGGGAAAGCAUGUGCUGUGUGAGAAGCCUUUCACCAUCAACGAGAAGGAAGCCCAGGAGGUGGUGGAUGCAGCGAGGCGCAAGGGUGUCUAUGCGAUGGAAGCUGUGUGGACUAGGUUCUUCCCAUUGUUCGCUGCUUUGAGAGAGGAGAUCCUGGUGAAAAAGUCGAUAGGAGAAGUGGAGCGCUUCCUCAUCGAUUUUGGCAACAAGAUGUCCCUGGAUACACUGCCCGCCAACUCUCGACUCAAGGAUCCUGCGCUUGGCGCCGGUGCUUUACUCGACAUUGGUGUAUACACUUUGACGUAUGCAUCCAUCAUUCUGGGCGAAUGGAAGGUCGGAAAUGAACACCCAGAGCCGAUCAAGGUCACCUCUUCUUUGGACAUUGUCAACGAGAUAGAUGAGGCUAAUGUCGUCAUACUUGACUACGCUUCCACCACCGGAGGCGCAAAAAAGACGGCAAUUUGUUCAUCCACCUUUCGAUACCGAGGAGCAGAGGAGUUUGCGCGAAUCGAAGGCACCGACGGAACUAUUAUCCUCUUCGGCCCUGGAGUAAGUGUGCCCAGUGGCUUCCGCGUUUUUGAAGGAUCACGACCCGGCUUUGGGGAGGCUGAUGAGAGACGUGAGCGUACAUUCAACGUGGAGAAGCCGGACGGAACUUUUGGCUUCUUCUGGGAGGCCGACGCUGUGGCAGCGGAUAUUGCAAACAGUCGGACUGAGAAUGCUAUUAUUCCGUUGGACGAGACACUUCGAAUGAUGAGGCUGAUGGACGGUAUUAGACGUGAAGGAGGUUUGACAUAUCCGCAAGACAAGGAUUAG